AUUUGUUGAAUGUUGACAUUUGUUUUCGGGCAGUCUUAUGACUCAAUAGUGAAUGAUAUCGUCUUAUUGUUAAAACUGGACAAUUGUCGACUUUAAAAUAAUUAUUAAACGAAAAAAUUACCGUGAACGAUGUCGUCGGAGAUCAAUUUAUUACUCGAAAAGGCCACAAGUCCAUUACUACUUGACAUUGACUGGGAUUCAACCUUGCACAUAGUGGAUCUUAUCCGUCAGGGAGAUGUAAAUCCAAAAGCAGCAGUCCAGUCACUUGUUAACCGACUCAAAGACACAAAUCCUAAUGUUGUACUCUUAGCACUGCAAGUAUUUGAGUCAGUAGUGAAAAACUGUGGGCAAUCUGUUCACGAACAAGUAGCAAUCCGAGCCGUAAUGGAGCAGGUACACGAUAUUCUAAGAACCAAUCCCAAUGAAGAAGUGCGGAAGAAAAUUUUGAUGUUGCUUGCUACUUGGGUGUACGCUUUCCGUAAUGAGCCUAAGUAUAGGGCUGUUCAGGAUACUGUAAAUAUUUUGAAAGCUGAGGGGUUUCACAUGCCAACUGUCAGUGAGAGCGAUGCUAUGUUUACUGCUGACCGAGCCCCUGAUUGGGCAGAUGGCGAAUGCUGUCACCGCUGUCGUUCCCAGUUUACAAUGAUACGGCGCAAGCAUCAUUGUCGUGCUUGCGGCCAAGUCUUUUGUGGUGAUUGUUCGAGCAAGUACUCCACCAUUCCGAAGUUUGGAAUUGAGCGAGAAGUUCGAGUCUGUGAAUCAUGUUUUGAUGACAUAAAUAAUGGGUGUCUAGAGAGUGUUGUGUCGUUAAGUCGUAGCAGCAGCACGGAAUCAGUGGAUUUAAAAAGCAUGAGAAUUGCUCCAGGAAAGAAGAGUGAAGAGGAGUUACAAGAGGAGGAGGAGCUACAGUUGGCAAUUGCUCUGUCACGUUCAGAGGCUGAAAACAAAGAGAAGGAGAAGUUACGUGCUACAUCAAGCCUACUAGGCGGUAACUGGCGCCCUGCAUCACCACCACCUGCUUCUCCAGCUCCCACAGCAGCACAGGAAAAGGAAGACAUGGAUCCAGAACUUGCUAGAUAUUUGAAUAGAUCCUACUGGGAGCAGCAACAGCAACAGCCCCAGCCACAAAGGCAGUCACCUGCCCUUAAUCAGUCACAAACUGAGGUUGUGCGUACUCUCUCCCCAACUCAACCUUCAGCCCCCGCCACUGGAUCCAAAAUGCUUUUGUCCCCUUCCAAAAUAUCCCCUUCAAAGACCAUUGAGAAUUACCAGAAUGGAGGCACUGAAGAAAUUGACGAGUUCAUCUCCACACUGCGCUCCCAGCUUGAAAUAUUUGUGAACCGCAUGAAAAGUAACCAGAGUCGUGGACGACCAAUUGCUAAUGAUACAGCAGUGCAGACAUUGUUUAUGAAUAUCACUGCCAUGCAUGCCCAGUUGCUAAGGUAUAUCCAUCAGCAGGAUGACAGGAGAGUGAACUAUGAGCGUUUGCAAGACAAGAUAUCUCAGGUACGUGAUGCUAGAGCUGCUUUGGAGGCACUUCGUGAGGAACACAAUGAGAGGCUUAGGAGAGAGCGAGAGGAGCAGGAAAGGAUAAGGCAAAUGCAAAUGAUGCAAAAGUUGGAGAUAAUGCGUAAGAAGAAACAAGAAUACUUGGAGUACCAGCGGCAGUUGGCCCUCCAUCGCAUGGCAGAAAGUGAGCGGGAAAUUUUCAACAAAGGACCUGGGAUGGGUGCUCCUGGGCCUAUGUACACAAUGGGGUAUCCUGGAGUACCAGGUCAUAUGUACCCACCCCAGCCUGAAGGAGGUGCCCCACCACAGGGAGGAGUUCCACCACCAGGUGCUAUGCCCCAGGGAGGCGCUCCACCAAAUUCGGUACCAUACCAACCAGGCCCAGGUCAGCCACCAUAUCAGCCUCCUCCAGCAGGUCAUCCCGGUGGACCUGUUAUGCCAGGUGGACCUGGGCCUGCACCUCCCCCACCUGCUACACAGCCAGGUUUCCAGCCGCCCCCACCCCCCGAGUUUUCUCCAUAUAAUAUGCAAGGUUUGGCUAACACACUACCAAACAUGGGAAGCGGAAUGCCUGGCUACCCACCUCAACACGCUGCCCCUAGUCAAGGUGGCCCAGGAAUGCCACCAUCCCAGACUGGUCCUGGAAUGCCCCCACCUCAGAUAUCAAAUGCAGGUCCUGUGCCUGGUGUUCCAGUGCCAGGAGACAUGAACAGUGCUCCGCCGCAGAUGGCACCUCCUAAUCAACAGCCUCCUGCUCAAGAGCAGCAAGCAGAAUUAAUCUCCUUUGAUUAGUUUGAACUGGCAGAUAAGUGCAGGUGGAAGCAAAAUGAUGAGGAGAACAGCAUUAUUACACCAGCCAUCUUUGAACCUGGGUAACAGUUAAGGAAUAUUUUAAUUACUCAAGUUUUAUACCAAUGUGUAUUAUGGAUAUUGUACUAAAAUCCUUCAUUACUUAUUUUAUAGUAACAAUUGCAUAGUUUAUGAUAGUUUUAAACAUUUUAGUACACGCAGACUACACUAGUAACAAAUGCAAGCCACUGAAAAAUUGCUUAUAAUUAUAUUGUAUGAUAUAGGAAGUUAUCUAGUACCUAUUUGGAAGGAACAUUGUGUAGCUGCUUAAUUUUGAUAACUAUUAUUGUCCCUUUAUGCUUUGCAUUUUUUAUUUAAUUCUUGGAGCUCUUGGCCCAGAUACAACCACUACUUAAAGAAACAUGUAAUGCAUUAGGGAUUUUUUUUGUCUACAUAUGUAUAUAUAUACUGUUUAGACACUCAGGCAAUAUAUAUUCAAUUUAUGCUAAUAGUUUUAAAAUCAUUGAUCCUUUGUAAUCUUGUUUCCAAGAUAAAACUUUAUCUGUUAUUGUUAAUAUCUGUGAUUGGAAUGUUUGCUUAACACAUAUAUACCAAAUGAAUUAUAAUUUGGCUUAUUACAGUUUCUUUAUGCAAUAUGUUUUCAAUAAUAAAUUAUGUACAUAA